CUUCAAGUUCGCUGUACGACCUACAAAAUCUCCACUUCCGAGGAGUUCAAUACAGCAUCACGCAGCGUCAAACCCGGUUUUAUUGCUUCUGGCAUUGUGUCGGCAUGGACCUGGGCGGCAACACUCUUACAAAGUUCCACAGUAUGGUUUAGGUGCUGGCUAUCAUUAGGUUCACGUUAUUGCAAUUCUAUUUCUCGCUGUGAGGGUUAAACAGAUCGCGUCGUACUGCCACACCUUCCUCGAGAUUGUUCACGUUCGUUUACGGCAAUACAGCACACUUCACGUUCGCGACUUUUGGACUGGUCGUCAAUCUUAUUGUCUCGAGUAUGUUACUGCUUGGUGGCAGUGCAGUUGUCAAUGUCAAUGCCAUCACUGGGAUGAACAUUUGUGCCACCAGCUUCCUUAUUCUGCUUGGAGUCUGUAUCUAUGUCGCCCUUGGGGGUCUUUGUACCACGUUCCUAUGCGACUACUCACAAGCUCCCAUGAUGCUUAGCAUCGUUGCGACGGAUACAAAAACAAAUGAGACAUGCAUUGUGGUUUUGAAAGGACUGGGAACUUGGAAGAAAAUCUUUCUGAGUUUGAUUGAAGGCGAACCGUACUUGCUUGAUGUUUUUUUUUCGCGACAAGCUUACAGGCUCAAUGCAUUCCAUAUGAAAUACUCCACCACCUAUUCCUGCAGACCUGAGUGCAUUUUGAUGUUGUCAGGUCACCAAGCUUUGCCAUCAUACUUGAAAAGGCCUCUAAAUAGUUUUGGUUAUGGCCGAGCGCUCCGAAACCAAUGAUAGCCACGGUUAGGCCCUUUCAGCGAUCC